CUAGACCCCAGCCGUUCCCCAACCCCCGGUGCGGACUCCAAAACUCGGUCAGGUGCAGCUCUGUCAGUUUGGCAGUCUUGGUCAGGAUAUGUGCAUCUACUAGCUUCUUGUUUCUACUAUAGCCUAUAGCUUCUUGUUACUACUAGUAAGGCCCUUACCGCCCUUGCUCCUAGUAGCGAUGCACAUGUUCCUAGUAGCUUCUAAUUAAACCAGUUUUAGUCAGGAUAUGUGCAUCUCCGGCUUCAUUCGGGGCUCAAGCAGCAAAUCAUCCGCUGUUUCCCAAGCUUCAGUGUGCGCCUUGACGCGUGACCCGCCAUCCGUGGACUGUGAAUCUUCAUUCGCGCUCUCCAAUUCCUGGUUUUGCGGAUUCUGCUUUUCCCGAUUUCCUCGAUGGACUUUCGCAGCGCCCUGCGCCUUGCCCUGCUGCUCCCGGCCCUGGCGUUUCGCCACGAUCGGGAGGGCCAGGAGCGUAUUUCCGGAGUCUCCGAGUUCGGGACGACGCCUCGCCGUGGCGUGUGCAAGUUCGCGGAGGAUGGAUCACCCUUCGAUUGCAUCUAUGAAGGAGAGAAGGGCUGGCUUGAAGACCGUGAUAUGGUGAAGAAGAAGGACAUUAAGUGCUACCAGAAGCCAGGAUACCCAGAUCAACUCUUCUGCUGCUUGAAGGGCUUUAGCUAUCGGCGUUUUUGGGCACUCCAAUCAGGCCGGAAAGUCAGCAAGGAGAAUACCUGGAUGUGCUGCAGCGGCAAAUCCUCGAAGGCCAUUGAUCCGCCAAUGUACUACUGCAAGUGACCUGAUACGGACUCUGCCGUAGAGCGGCUGGUGAUUUCAGCGGUCCGCUGUCCCUGUUCACCUGCAAGGUCGCAAAAUGGAGAGUUGGCUGGGAGAAGGGAUGAGUGUAGCACAACCUCUAAGGGUCCAGGGCCAUUGUCCUUUGGCCCCAGGCAAAGACCAUUCUCUGGUUUCAAACGAACUCACCUCCAACACCCGGAGGCUUCUGGAGCCCUAUGGGAUUGUCGAAUGAUUGCCACUGCAGAUGCUAGUGUUUACAUGUGUUUUUUUGAUGUUGUUGAUGAUGGGAUUGCAUAUCACGCUACUACUAAGGGCAGGCUUGGCAUUGAAGUUCGAAUCAACAGGUACACAGAAGUUCCCAUUCAACGCACCAAAUCAUCUCAUGUUCAACUCAUCUGACGCAUCCGACCCUCCCAAAAUCCUCCAGACUCACCCGACUUCGCGGGAGUCUGGUCCGCUGGUCACGCCUCCUUCCACCGGAUGGGACGUUCACCGUCAACUGGAUGAGACGUUCACCGCCAGUGAUGACGAGGUCAUGCCUUAGGUCCCCCAUGCAGUCCACCUAUUUAACCACC